CAGAACUAAAAAAAUAUGAGAACAGAUUUUUCAGUUAUUUUGAUAGUAUUUAUAUUAUUUUUUUAUAAUGUUGAAUCCAGAAGAGGCCGUACAAGAAGUAGAACCAAGUCAAAGUUUCAAAUUGGCUUACCCAUAACUGGAAAGUAUAGGGACCCAGAAUCAGAUCAAUAUUACAAUAACAAUAAUGGAGCUAAAAUAACACUGGCCUCACAUUUUGAUUAUGAAUAUGUGUUAGGUCAUAAAAUAGCAUUUUUAUGUUUGGCACGAGGAAAUCCCAGACCUCAUAUCACAUGGUAUAAAGAUGGAAAUGAAAUAUUUACCCACCAGUAUCUACAUAUACACGAGUGGCAAAUUGGUGUAGACAAAAUAAAAAGCAAACUAGAAAUAGAUCCUGCAACACAAAUGGAUGCUGGUGUUUAUGAAUGUACAGCCGACAAUAUGUACUCCAUAGAUCGAAGAUCCUUUAAAACUGAUUUCAGUAUUGCUUUUGAUUAAAUAAUUUGAAAUAAUGGCAUACAUAAAUACCUUGUUAUAAAAAAUAAAUAAUUUAUAGGAUUUUCAACUUACACACACAAAGUAAACAAUACAAAACUUCUAACUACUAAAG